GAGAACGAACUGCAGAUCCUGAAGGCAAAGCUGGCAGCAAAUGAAAAAGAGGUUCCUCCUUUCACCUUAAUAUUCUUUUAGUAUCCAUGCAUGUCUCUGUCCUUAAUGUCCAACUAGUGCAUCCUAGGUUUGUCAAAAGCUCCAUGAACUUCUUUGUCCUCCAGUUUGAUGAGGAGUUGACUGAAGUACAGCAGCAGCUUCGGGGUGAGCAGCAGAGGAGGGAGGAUGCUGAGAAGAAGCUGCAGAGGCUGGAGACCAAGAACGAGGAGUUUGAAGACAUGGUAGCUAAAGUGAAGCAGCAGCUUCAGGACGAGCAGCAGACGAGGCAGGAUGUUGAAACUCACCUUCAGAAGCUGAAAGAUGAGUUGGCGAAAAAGAUCAAGCUACAUCACUUUGAGCAACUAAAGACUGACACGAAAAAGAAGAAGCAGCAGUCUUAUCUCUCCUCCCAGAUGGAGGAUCUAUUAAAUGAGGUUGAGAACAUUCGUGAAGACAUGGAGAGGAAGGACAACGACCUGCAGAUGUUGAAGAAGGAACUGGAAACCAAGAACAAAGAGAUCAUCCAGCGAUCACCGGAAAGAACCUGGAGCCAGAUGUUUGACGAGCUAAAGGAGACUCAAGCUCGACUGGACAAGAAGGAUUCAGACAUCAGGAAGCUUCGGAAAGAAUUUGACGAGAAACUCAGUGAAGAGAAGAGGAGGAAUGAGAAAGAGCACGAGACCACCACGAAGGAGUCUGGAGAUAAACAAAAAGAAGUCCUGCAGCAGCUUAGGGAUGAGGAGCAGAGGAGGGAGGAUGCCGAGAACCACCUGCAGACCCUGAAGGAAGAGUUCAAUCGUCAGUUUGAGGCUCUCACAGAGAAGAACCAGUACUUGGAGAGACAGCUGACUGAGCUAAAGGACAGACACAAGAAGGAGUUGGAGGAGAAGCUCCAGGAUGAGCAGCAGAUAAGGAAGGAUGUCGACACGGAAGUGGAGAUCUUAAAGAGGGAGCUGGAGAACAAGAGGAACAAGCUAGUGGCAAGUGAAGCAGAUGAACAAGAAGCUGAGACAAAUGUGAAAGACUUCUCUGGAGAACAACCUCUGGUACCAGCAGAAGAAGAUGGAGCACAGACCGAAGUGUCGCUCUGAAUUUAGUCUCAGCCUUCAUUCACAUGAUCUGAUAAAAGCUGCUGCUUGUUAAAUGAGGUGGUCGACACGGAAGCUCACUCAUUUAUGUUUUACUCAUCUUACUGACAUCUGUACAUCUGUUUACAGUAAAUCAUCUAAAAUUGUUUGUAAUAUUAAAUAAAUGCUGGACAUUUUCUGAUUUUAACUUUGUGAAGCUGUGAAAAUAAAUAUCCCUUUUUGUGACUAAAAAUCUAAAUAAAUAUUUUCUGAUCUUUCAUGUUUCCAAAAAGUUCCUUAAUCCUACACUAAAUUGUCAGUUCAUUAGGUACACUUUUGAAAUCACUAUAAUAUAAGAGUCUUACUCUUAAUGUGGUUUUCUUUCUUUAGAGCCAGAAAAGCCAAAUAAAUAAAUAAAUAAAAAUACCCCAGAAAGACAACCCAAAACUUCAGAGACAGAGGGAGGGUAUUGGAGAGGAUUCAGACCAUCACGAAUUCCCUCCACAGACCUAGUGACUGCAGACAUCUCAACUACACCACACAGAUGGCUCCCCGGGACACUUUUUUUGUAGCUAGAAAUCUAGAGCAGCAGAAGACUCCUGGCAGUUUUAAGUACCUGAGGCCUGUUUGAUUCUGGUUCAAAACUACCAAGCAGAUCAGAAGACGCAGAAACAACAGGUUUAUACUGCAUGCUUCAAAAACUCAACAUCCAACAGAUUCCCACCACAUUUAAGUUUGACACCAAACAUCAUCAGCUCCCAUACCAAGAAUAUAUUCCGAUCCAGGACCGGAUCCUCAUCAAAGAAACAAAACGAAUAAGGCCUUUGAGACUAGAUCAUGAUAUCAGGAAAGAGGGGGUUAGUGUGGCACCCAAACAUGUAGGAAGGUAACAACUGAAACUCCACUACACACACAAAAUAAGUUCAAAACUGCUACUGCUGAAACCCUCCAACCCUGUCUCCUCGUAACAAAACAGAUUUCACAGGACAAAACACAAGUAAGAUGGCUACGACCCCCCACUCCUUAACACAGCUAAAAGCCCCAGAACACAAAAUGACCUGUUAUUAAAAAGAAAUAAAAACCUGCUUAAAA